GACCACCCCACGUGACAAAUAACACGUCGCGUUUAAACCCCGACGCGACUACGUUUAAAGAUCGAUAACCUCAAUCAACAAAAAUUCACCCUCAUCCUAAACCAUCAUGGCAAAAUCAGCAACAGAAUCAACGACAAAGGCCGCAACAAAACGCGCUAAUGCCAAGACCGCUAAAGCUGACAAGGAGGACAAACCAAAGCGCGCACCAAGCGCAUACAACCUCUUCGUACAAGCUCACAUGAAAGAGUGGAAGGAGGCACAUCCCGGCGCACCCAUCAAAGAAGCCAUGUCCGAGAUUGCAGCAAUGUGGCGGGAUGCUCCCGAGAACCCAAAUCGCGGCAAGGAGCCAAAGCCCAGGAAGCCAAAGGCUGCAGCUGGCGCACCUAAAGCUAGCCGCAAGAAGAAGCAGCACCCCGCCACCAUCAAGCGAUGCCGAGAAUACCGGCGAGGCCAGCGACGACUAGUGCACCAUUCUCCUGCUUCCCUUUUGUUGCUCCUGACAUUAUAUUCCUCCGUAAUCAUUCAUUUCACUGUACUCUUUCACAUCCCCUUGAGUUGUAGAGCCACGUGGCCGAAUACACAUAGCCUCUCCACCAUCACGCUUGAUCAUAUCGAAAGUCUGGCCCUGUCUGCCUGUCCAAGUGACGGCACCCGGACUUACCGGCGUUUGUUUCGGUUAGACAUUCUCCUUCCAAGGAUCUACGCCUCCAAUGACGAUCGCAACGAUGCAUGA